UUCUCAUCUGCCUCCGGAUCAGUUGAGCGAAGAAACGGAAGAGAAAGCGAAUGAAUCAUCUCCGGAUCUUCGCGAGAAGAUCGCUUCAGUGGCGGAGGAACAAUCUCCGAUCACCGUCUCCGUUUUCGUCUUCUCUCCCUCGCUCGUUCUGUCACUCCUCGGCUGAAUCCAAUCGUCCGUCCUUCGGCAUUGCCUUCGACAUAGAUGGCGUUGUUCUUCUCGGCCAUUCCCCCGUCGGCGGCUCCCCCGGUGCCGUCCGAAGACUCUACGAUGAUUCUGGUGCUUUGAAGGUGCCUUUCAUAUUUUUGACGAAUGGAGGUGGCUACCCUGAAUCCAAACGAGCCUCUGAGUUGAGUCAACUACUGGGGGUGAACAUUUCUCCAUUCCAGGUAGUACAGGGGCACUCACCUUUUCAAAAGCUGGUGAAUAGGUUUGAGAAUGAGCUUAUUGUUGCAGCUGGAAAGGGAGAACCUGCUGCAGUGAUGUCAAACUAUGGAUUUAAAAAUGUCAUUUCGCUAGACGAAUAUUCGUCUUUUUUUGACAACAUUGAUCCAUUGGCGCCGUAUAAGAAAUGGGAGACUAGACAGGAAGGUGCCGAGGAAGUUCAUUCAAGAGACCGUAUACUUUCACUUAGAGUUCAGGCGGCAUUUAUUGUUAGUGAUCCAGUUGACUGGAGCCAAGACAUCCAGGUUCUUUGUGACAUUCUACGGACUGGUGGACUUCCAGGGAAAGGAAUCGGACCCCAACCCCCAUUGUACUUGGCCAACGAUGAUUUGGACUACCAGACUGCAUUUCCUACUGAACGUCUUGGUAUGGGAGCCUUCAGGAUUGCAUUAGAAGCCAUCUUCAACAGAGUUCAUCCUACCCCUCUGGAGUACACGUCUUUUGGGAAACCAAAUCCAUCCGUGUUCAAGAACGCUGAAGAUGUCCUGAGGCAAAUCGUAACGUCUGUUCCCCACUCAGAUCAACGUGUAGGGGAUCAUUCUAAUUCAGGAAGUCACCACUUCAGGACGUUAUAUAUGAUCGGAGACAAUCCCAAAAUUGAUAUUAGAGGGGCACGCCAGGCUGGGCAGCCAUGGUUUUCGAUCUUGACAAGAACCGGUGUUUUCAAAGGGAAAGAUAAUCAUGGAGAUUUUCCAGCCGAUCUGGUUGUAGACACUGUUGAGGAAGCAGUGGAUUACAUUUUGACAAGAGAGUCCACAAAACAACACAGCUAAGCGAUGGAGGUACCCUUUGAGUUUAUAUGCUUUUGCCGAUUCACCCUUUCCUAUAAAGAUUGAAGAUUUUUAUUUUUUAUUUAUAUCAAAAUACAUAUUACAUUGAUGGGUUCCAUUAUGUUAAAUUACUUUGAGAGGAAAUAAGAUUUCGAAAUAAGAGAACGUUAAAGGAUUUCGGUGCAACA